AUUGCUUCUCACCCACUCAAAAACCUACGUGAGUAAUACUGCAAACCCAUCAAGCACUGCUUUUCUCUCUCACUACCUAUAAAGCCUGUACAUACCCAACUAGCCCGACCACCAUUAAAGUUCACUCUGAAGCUGUAAAUGGAUCUAGAAUCGAGACCUGAAGAUACCCAACAAGACCAGCACUUUCAUGUAUUAGCAGUAGAUGAUAGUCUCAUUGAUAGAAAGCUCUUAGAGAGGCUACUCACAAUCUCUUCUUAUCAAGUAACUUGUGUGGAAUCUGGUGAUAAAGCUUUGGAGUAUUUGGGUUUGAUUGAUAACCUCGAUAAUAAUGAAUCUACACCAUCUUCUUCCUCCUCCUCAUCUCCAUCCUCACAACAAGAGACCCAGGGUGUGAAGGUGAAUUUGAUCAUGACAGACUACUGUAUGCCUGGGAUGACUGGCUAUGAUCUGCUCAAACGGGUCAAGAAAUCUUCUUGGAAAGAUGUUCCGGUGGUUGUUAUGUCAUCGGAAAACGUACCAUCCAGAAUCAAUAUGUGCUUGGAAGGAGGAGCAGAGGAGUUUCUGCUAAAGCCCGUUCAGUUGUCAGAUGUGAAGAAGCUUCAAUCCCACCUUUUGAAAUCUCUGACUUUUAGCUGCAAUGAAACCGCCACCAGCAGUUCUACCAUUAACAACAACAACCAUUCUAUAGAAAACAACUUUAACGUCAUCACCAGUAACGASGACGUCGAUGAGAACAGUAGCAAUGCAAAUAAGAGAAAAGCAAUGUCUCCUGAACAGUCAGCGAGAAGGGCCAAAUGGAAAGGCUUAACCAUACUGUAAAUAUGUGGAGAAGAUACGUAGUUCCACUAUUGAGCAAUAGUAGUACAGACUACAGCGGUGCAAGCAGUACUUAGGUUCCACUCUCUCUCUCUCUCAAUUUCUGUACAUAAAGAGCAAUGACUGUUUACCAAUACUAAGAAGGUUCCCGAAGUUGUGAGGUGAAGGUUAGAUGCCAGUCAAUGAAUAUUAAUGGGCGUCCUUUCAAAUAUUUUAGAUUUUGUGUCUAUCCAUAUAUAUACGGGUAAGCUCAAGAGAAGUGCUGAGUUAAUCUGGGUAAGCCUAGAGGAAAACAUAGAUAGACUCUUAAAAAAUGGCUGAUGUACUUAUUAAAAUGACUUUGAAGAUGAGAAUACGAGUGAUUGGAGAAUUGGAGAGCUUAAGGCCAUGUUUGGUUCACUAUUUUGGGCCUUAUUUUUUUAAUUCUUCCUUAUUCUAGGCAAGAAUGGGCAAGAGUGAAUAUCAUUAGAGAGUUUGGUUACAAAAU